AUGAUAGCAGGCACGAAUAAGGUCUAUUCAAACACAAUAUCUAUCUAUCUAUCUAUCUUAGCCUUCCACAUCUAUCCAUCUCAGCCAUCCAUAUCUAUCUAUCUAUCUAUCUAUCUCAGCCAUCCAUAUCUAUCUAUCUAUCUAUCUAUCUAUCUCUGCCAUCCGUACCUCUCUCUCUCUCUCUUUCUCUCUCUCUCUCUAUCUAUGUAUCUAUCUCAGCCAUCUAUCUAUCUAUCUAUCUAUCUAUCUAUCUAUCUAUCUAUCUUAGCCUUCCAUAUCUAUCCAUCUCAGCCAUCCGUAUCUCACUCUCUCUCUAUCUAUGUAUCUAUCUAUCUCAUCCAUCCAUAUCUAUCUAUCUAUCUAUCUAUCUAUCUAUCUAUCUCUGCCAUCUGUAUCUCUUUCUCUCUUUCUCUCUCUCUCUCUCUAUCUAUCUAUCUCAGACAUCCGUACCUCUCUCUUUCUCUCUAUGUAUCUAUCAAUCUCAGCCAUCCAUAUCUAUCUAUCUAUCUAUCUAUCUAUCUAUCUAUCUAUCUAUCUCAGCCAUCUCUCUCUCUCUCUCUCUCUAUCUAUCUAUCUAUCUAUCUAUCUACAAACUUUACUCGAUUAUUUGUAAUGAAGAGAAAAAUUGAAAUCACCUGA